ACUAAUCUCUUAGAGUUCAGUGAAUAUGGAGCAUUAAUAAUAAAGUAGGUUCCUAUCCAAAUUUCUUCCAGAAAUGAUUUUAAAAGUUUAACGUCUGCCAGAUGUUUAUCUUUUGAAUCAUAAGCUAUGUGAUGCAGUGAUGAAUAAAGAUUUUAUAAAUCAAGCAACAAAAUUUGAAGAAGUUAUUGAUAAUGGAGAGUAAAUAUUUUCAGAAUGAAAAAUACAAUCAAAUUGACUUGGUCAUUCAUCAUGUAUUUCUCACUCGACGACUACCGCACAAAGAAGAAGAGGAAAGUUGUUCUGGAGCAUUAGUGCAGUUUGUCUUUGAUCACUUACCUGACAUAAAAAUGCCCAUGUUAGGUUUAAAUUUUGUUCGAAAGACAAUGGAAAUUUGGAAAAGUAUACAAAGCAGCUCAGUAGAUGAAAUUCAAAUUAAGAACGCUCUUUUUUCCUUACAGCGUGGUCAAACCUUUGCAAUAUAUAUUCGAGCUCAUAAUUCUGUUAUAACUGUUAGAAGAUCAAAACGCCAUAGAAAUGCUCUUAUGAGUGUGUUUAGAGCUUUACCAAAUAAUGAAAAGGUUUUGAUUGAAGAAGACUUAUUUCAAGCUUUUCCUGAACGAGCCGUUUGGAUUCCUUUCAAUCGGUUUUUAUCUGAUGCGUUUUCUAGGCAAGUUGCUAUAUUAUGCAACAAAGCUUUGGACGAAACUUUGACAAAAGCUUUAAAAGCUGGUGUUCAAUAUGCUGAUUAUUUUGAUGUUGCUGAACCCGUGUAUGUUACUUCGUGGUUGUUGGGAGCAAUGUCUGGAAUGAUACAAGGAGAAGAGAAUUUUGAACGUGUUCACAAAGUAAUACGCCACGAGGUUUUAUACAAAAAAGGAUAUGAAAACCCGUGGCGCCGUUCUGGAGAGUGGUUUGCAAUUAAAUGUGUUCUUCAAAUAAUGCUUGUGAUAGAGCUUGGAAAAAACGAAGGAACAGUUGUUUACAAAUCUUUGAUGAUUUAUAUCAUGACUAGUUUUGUUGAAGAUCUUCCAGGCACUUAUAAAGAUACUGAUAUUAUCAUGCAGAUGUUAAGCAAAACAAGUAGAAGAAUGAUAAAGUUGAAAAAUUAUAUAAACAGCUCCAACCAAAAAAUGGAGUUAUCUAAUCAAACAAUUGAAUGGAUUAAUAUAGUAUUUAAAUAUGGGCGUAUUAUUUUGCAAAAAAAGAGAGAUGUAGCAGACAGUCACUGGAUUAAUCACGCAAAAACCUGUUCUAAAAUGUCAAAGAUUAAUGUUUUAGAGCUUUGUCUACCUGAGCAUACAACUCAUAACUUAAAACAGCUGGCCGUUACUCGAAUAAACCAAGCAUUUAAAAGGAAAAAUAUUCCAAAAAUGAGUGUAAAAAUUCCAGAAUGUAUAAACCGCUGGAACAAUGAAACUCUUCUAUUUAAUAUUAGUUUUCUUAAAAACACUAAUAAAAAUAAUGAAACAGAAAUAAAUCUUUAUGAUUUUGAAGUUUGGGUUAGAAUGGUAUUGUGGAAAGAUUUUGCUCUCAAUAUUACGCCGUUUCUCAAAAACAGUUCUAAAAUUUUCAAAUUAUUCUGUCAAUAUUUUGAAAUAAGUUUAAACUUCUACGCUAAUGAUCCAAUUGGGUUAAGUCGAAUGGUUUUAACACUACUUCUAAUAAUUGCUGCAUUGGAUUCUAUUGCCAUAAAAAAAAUUCCACUACUAGCUUUAUAUCACAGCAGUUUUGACGAUAAUUACUUCAAUAGUUUACUAACACCAUUGCUUGAAGAUAUGAAAUAUUUACAAUCUGUUCGAGACUAUUUUACAAAAAGAAACGCGUCUAGCUUUAACCCUAGCAUUAUAUCAACAAAAGUAAAUAUAAAAUCAUUUGGGCCAAGACUAGCCAACGGAAAUGAAACGAUGCAACAAAUAAGAAAAGAUAUUCUUUUGUACGCUGAGAAACAACGUGAAAAUAAAAAGAAAGAGCUUGAACAAAGUCUUAAGAAAUACAAUAGUUUGAUGGAAAAAUAUUAUAGAAAUGAGCAUCAACAUGAUUUAGAACAAAAUUUUUAUUGCUAUAAAUGUCAAUUAUUGAAUAAAGCUAAUACUAUAAUAAUUGAUGUUUAUGAAGACCCGGUUCCUGAAUAUUGCGUUUGGAAACAAAAUGCAAUUGUAUUUGAACUCUGUAUACCAGUCAGCAUACGAUGUCUUCGAGAUGCUCUGUUUUUAAUUCAUAAAAAACUGGAGGAAAAACAAUUUCAAAACGCUUGCAUUAAACAGUCAUGGAAAUCACAUCCGCAGUUGAGUUCAUGGGUCAGUUCAGAAUGCUUGAAAUCUUUAGUUUCCAUAGGAAGUGAUACUGUAUUAAUUUCGUCGUCCCGCUUUAAAGUUCAUACCAUAAGUGCUUCUUCAACUGUUCAUGAUGUUCUUAAACCUUGUGGUCUCACUAUAAAACUCUUUAUCAAAUAUAAAAAUAAAGAAAUUGAAUGUAAAACUGAUAGGUAUAAUCAAAUUAAAAAAAAAUUUUACACAAUGAAAGCUUUGGACAAUCCUUAUGAAAUUGAUGAGACAUGGAUUGCAGAAACAACUCAUACAGAAAAUGAAGUUCUAGCUUCUCAGGUAGACUGUCCUUUGAAUCUUAAACUUGAUGAAUAUAAAGCAUUUGGUUCACUACGUGCAGGUCAUCGUUUACAACUUAGAAGAUUACUCAAAGCAAUUGAAAUGCGUUCAUUAAGUUUUGAAAGUUCAUCUGUGUUUGCUUUAAUUGCACAGACUCUAUGGCAAGCAGGACCAUUUGAAAAAGAUAACGUGAUUGUAGUUGAUAAAAUUGAUGAUCCUCUUUUAUUUUUUGAAAGCCACUCUGAUCUUCAAAAUGAUGGAUUUUGUCAUGUCUUAAUAGAAUGUCUGUCUAAUUUUUUAAUAAAUAUUGAAAAAAAUUGGAAGAAACACAAUCAACUCCAUAUAAUUAUAAUAACUACUCUUAGAAUUUUUUCAUUGUCAAGUGAUAAAACUCGUUUCAAGGCUUAUGAACUCCUAUUACAAUGCCGAUCAAUUGCUCAAACAUGGGCUGUUGAAAUUGAAAGCCUACUUUCCAAAAAAAUGACAGAAAGUAUAAUUGAAAUCCAAGAAAUACGUUUAAAAUUAAUAGACGUAGCUGCAUUUGCGGCGCUUACUUUUGACAUUGAUAGGUGCUAUGAGUAUGUAAUAAAUAGAGAGUCCUUGAUUGAUUGGCUACACUCAGUAGCUCGAAUUCACGAUAAUAUUCAUUUAGGCAAUAUUUUUUUUAAUGAAGAGAGAAAAAACUUGCUUCGACGGGUCAGACUUAUUGGGUUGCGUUUUGAAAAUGUUGCAACGAAGAUAUUUGCUUCGGAAAAUAACUAUAUAUUUACAACAUUUCUUACCUCUUAUUGGGCAGAUUUUUGUAAAGGUAAUUACAGAAAUCUUUGGCUAUCAUAUCCACAGCCGUCUCAAGCAUGGUAUUAUAACACCUUUAUUUCAAAUAACUCAUCAGUAACAUUGCAAAUUAACAUUUUAAAUGGUAAGUUUCUUGUAGACGGAAAUCCUGUUGGACAACUUCCAGAUGCUAUUACUAAAUCAUCUGUUUACCAAAGAAUUUUUAGUACACAUGUUUUUGAUGUGCAACCAUCAGCUGGACAGCUUUCUUCAUUUGUAAGUGUUCACGAUUUUCAAGGUUCAAGAUUUUUGUUUUCUAUUCGAAAAGACGAACCUGUUAUUGUAGAACGGACUAGCUUAGGUAAUGAGUACGAAUUAAUUCCUUCCGAUGUAUUUAAUGGAGAUUUACCAAAUUUUUUAAUUAACAAAUACAGUCAUUGGUUGUGUAAAACAACAAGGAUCAUUUAUUUUCGACCAGUUAGGUUUGAUGACGUUAAUUUUUUUAAUGUUCAAUCUCAAGAACAUUUUCCAUAUAGAUUUAAUGUGUUGGAUAAAACCUUAUAUGAUUUACAAAGAGAACGUUAUUUAGUUGAUAUUAAUAGUAAUACCUUUAAAGAAAUUUAUAGUUGCUUAAACCGCAUUGAACUUAAAGAAUAUGUACACUUAUGGGUGAGUAAAAAUAAAAAAAAUAUACAAAAAAAAGAACAAAUGGAACUUAAUACGGAUGAAGAUGAGUUUGCACUCAACGUUGAAUUACCUCGAAUGGACUUAAGCUUUAAAGUUGAAGUAAAUACGGGUAAGUUAUUUUCAAACGAGCACAUUGGGUUAAUUGUUGCGAAUGAUCAAGGUAAUAUUGGAACACUUAUUGGACUAGAAAACAGUCUUUUGCUACAUGAGGAUAAACCAUUGAUUGAUGCUAAUUACACGGGUCAACAAAAAGUGUUAAUUAUACCACAUUCAAAAAAACUUGAGUUGACAAAAUCUUUUAUUCAUCAAAAUGUAAAAAUUAACUUUUAUAGAUUACUUUCUCCACCUUAUUUUUCUUACAACAUUGAUGACCGACUUUGUGAACUCCGUGGUCCUGCUAAUAAAGAAGCUUGGCUUUAUCUAUCUCUACUUCAUGCUGUGACCUCGAGUUCGCUUCCAGACCCAUUUACAAGGUUAACAGGAACUGAAUCUUCAAUGCGUUUAUUACAAAUUGGGCGUACUUUCUCAUGCAGACCAUUUGACCAAAAUGCAUUGCAUACUCUAAAAAGCAUUUCAAAUUUAGCUCCAAGACGGGAACAAAUUAAUGUAUAUUCACAACGUUUACAAUCUGUAACCUGGUUUCCAAAUCUUUACUCUACUUAUGGCUACGAGGGAUUGGUUUUAGCGUCAAAUAUUUUAAUUUAUCAUGCUGAUAUGUAUAAAGAAUUGUUUCCAACAAAUCAACAAAAAACAGAACAACAAGAAAAUAUAUUUACAAAAAGAGCAUACUGGCGUUAUAGAACACAAUUAAACUCAUGCGCUCACUUGGAUGCUGAAAACGAAAAGUUUAUUGGUAGAGUUCCAAAAAGAAAAAUGGCGUGGUCUUACACUAAUGAUCGUAAAGAGAAUAACAUUUCACGGUUAAUAAUGGAAGAUUAUUAUAAAUCAAAAGGCGUUAGUUUUCUUCCUUCUAAUUUAUGGGAUGUAGUUAGAAAAAAAGUAAAUCUAAAAAAUCCACAAAUAGUUUCCUUAUCUCACAUGUUUACAAUCAAAAACUUUGAUUUUCUAGACAAUUACUUACAGUUAUAUGUGUUGGCUCAAAAUUUUCAAGAAGAUUAUUUCCAAUUUUGUUUUUUGCUAUCUUUAUUAGCUUUUAAAGGCGAAAGUUUUGACUUGUUGUUCAGCCUUUUAGCUGUUGUUAUACUUCAAAUUCAAGUAAAUUCUCCGUCAGUAAGAGAUUAUGAGUACCUCAAUGAAACAGAAUUUGAUUUAGAACAAAUACACAACGUAAUUAAAGAAGAAUUCAAUGACAUCAAUCUUAAAAGUAAGUGCUUAGAGGACAAAAAAAGUUACACGAAUUUCAAACAAAACGCAAUUAUUACGUUAGGAAAUAUGGCUCAAAAACAGUGGAAAACAAAAAAUGUAGAUUUUCAGUCAAUUGGUAAUUCUAAAAUAUUAAAUACCAAUCAUACCGAUACAAAUAUGUUUCCUAGACAUCAAUCAAUAUUAACGAUGCGGUUAAACGAUAUUGUGAAUAUAUGUAAAAUAGAAAAAAAAGUCAAGAAUUUAUUUAUACGAUGGGAUAACAAUGAUAAACUUAAAUCAUUUUUCAAUGAAGUAGAAUGUCAAAUCCGUUUGAAAAAUUUUUCUCUUCAAAUUGAUGCUUUAUCAUCACUUGAUGAACUAUUUGCUCCUCCUUUAUCAACUUCAAGAAGUAUUGAUCCAUUUCUCUCAAAAGCGUACAAAAUCAACAUUCCAAUUAAUAAUCCAGAAGAAAACCAGAAUGCAAUAAAUUUGUACCAAAAGAAAUCUUCUGCACCUAUGUUUUAUUCCAAAACCUGCUCUGAUUUUCCAAGUAAAAAAAAUCAACCUCAUGAAGUGUUGUCUCUUCUUCAAACUUUAACAGAUGACCACGAUAAUGAUGAUGAUGUAUUAAAAUUUAUGAAGGAAAAUCUAAAAAACAGUUGCGAAAAUUUUUAUAAAAAUAAUUUUUUAUCUUCAUACAAAAACAACUUUGAAAAUACUAAAAUAAUUUAUAAAUGUCAAAAUAAUUUAUCUAACAGCAGAUCAAAGUGUUUGUGGAAAGAAGUAGAAGACGCCAUGAUGCCGCUUUAUAAUGACAAUGUAGAUUAUUCUCUUUUAUAUGGAGGAUUAUGGAGAAGAAUUACUCCUGUAACCAUAAUUCCAUGUAUAUUACCUUUAACAUCUUUAUCUCGUACAUUACUUACAAUCGAUGCUAAAUAUGUAGUUCCACAAAGUGUUGUCAAUCGUAUCGGUGCAUUAAUUGUAUCCUGGACAAGCGAACAAAGAGCUAUUCGGUGUUUAAAGCUAAUUCAUAAUAAAACGUCUGAUAUUGUUCUCUUUCGAGAACUGAUUAACGUUGGCCAUAAAAAUUGGGUUCCCUCGUCAAAUCCUGAAUGGCUCAUUCUUGAACUUGAAGCAAAUUUCUUAAUCCGUCCUAUACAGAUUGAUGUUGCCCAGAGCAUGAUAGAUGCAAAUGAAAACUUUGUUCAACAGCUAAACAUGGGAGAAGGAAAAACCAGUGUUAUUAUUCCAUUACUUGCAACUUCUUUAGCUACAUCGGAGCACGUUGUUAGAGUAACUGUGUUACGUUCUCUUUUGAAUACAAAUUUCGAAUUACUUGUGGAUAAACUUGGUGGGCUUCUCAACAGACGAGUUUACAUAGUGCCGUGUCGCAGAGAUUUAAACUUCUACCCUUUAAAGAUGCUAAGAAUACACCAAGAGUGUCUUUUGAAUCGUGGAGUGAUGUUGACAACACCAGAGUACCGCUUAUCUCUUAAUUUAAAAACAUUGGAGCAUUUCCGCAAAAAAUCUAAACAUGCAAAAAAUUUUUAUCUGUUGCGUUGUUGGCUUCAGAAACAUAUCCGCGAUGUUCUUGAUGAGGCGGAUGAAAUAUUAAAUGUUAAGUUCCAGGUUGUUUACACACUUGGUGAACAGUUACUUGUUGACAGUGGUGAACUGAGGUGGAUAAUAUCUCAAGCAGUUUUAAAAUUAGUUAAUACGUUUGCGGAAAAAAUUUUUAAAAAGUAUGGAGAAAAAUACAUUGAAUAUUAUGUUGACAAUACUCGAUACGAUUCAUUUGCACAUAUUCGUUUUCUUAGCUACAACAAGAAAAUGUAUAAAGAUAUGUGUUGCUUAGUUGUUGAUUCAAUUCUUAAUAAUGAAGUUCCACAAGUUUCAGUAGCAGCAAAGUUAAAAAAAAGUGAUAAAGAACUUGCUAGAUUAUUUAUUACCUCUAACGACAUUAGUGAUACAGAUAUGGACAAGCGUUUAUCCAAACUUUUUAAAAAGAAUAUUGUUUUAAAGGAAGAGUUGUUAAUUUUACGUGGCAUACUUCUCUUUGAAGUUUUACACAUUGCACUUCGAAAACGUUGGAGAGUUAACUUUGGUGUUAGUCUAUCAAACACGACUUCAAAAAUGGCUGUACCAUUUCGUGCUAAAGACGUUGCCGUAGAAAGAACUGAGUUUGGUCAUCCUGAUAUUGCUAUCAUUUUGACUCAAAUAAGUUACUAUAUGAGUGGCCUUAGUGAAAGUCAGCUAGAUGAGGUGUUUUUGUAUUUAGAUAAAGGCACAAACAAAGAGAUUGAAUAUGAACAAUGGAUUAAAGCUAUUGGAAUUGAUAAUGUGCCAAAAAAUUUGUGUGAAUUAAAUGGUGUUAAUCUAGACAACAUAGAACAAAAAAAAAAAUUAUAUUCUAUAUUAAGUUACAGUAUGAGUGUCAUAAAUUUUUGGUUAAAUCAAGUAGUUUAUCCACGAGAAGCAAAACAAUUUCCAAUUAAGAUUUCAACAUCAGCGUGGGAUCUAUGUUUAAAAAGUAAGCUUGGAUAUGAGAAUAAAAACUACACUACCGGAUUCAGUGGCACAAAUGAAUUGCAGUUGCUAUUUCCGUUGACCAUUACGCAAAAAGACUUGCCGAAAUUGUCAGGAACAAAUGCUAUGGUUUUAAGUUUUUUACUUCAACCUGAAAAUAAAACCUAUUAUUGCAUAGACUCGUGUGACUCGUUAGAAGAACGAAUUUUAAAUAAUCUGAUCAAAACAAAAGCUUGUGUUUUAAUUGAUGUAGGUGCACUAAUGUUGAAGAUGGAUAAUAAAAUGGUUGCUCGAGAAUGGCUUAAUAUUUCUUCAGCUUCUGAAGUGUCUGCAGCAGUAUAUUUUGACACGGAAGAUAGAUUGAUGGUUUGUGAUAGAAAAGGCCGUACUUCUUUACUUUCUGUUUCUCCAUACUGUCACAAACUUAAUAGAUGUGUCAUAUAUCUUGAUGAUAUUCAUACUAGGGGAACAGAUUUAAAGUUUCCCAUAGGCGCUAAUGCUUGUGUUACUUUGGGUAAAGGACUUACAAAAGACCGCCUUGUUCAAGCAUGCAUGCGUAUGAGAUUGCUGGGAAAUGGACAUAGUGUUUAUUUCUACGCCUCAAAAGACGCCCACAUCUCUAUUGUAAGUCAAAUGAAUAGUUUAAAUAGAAUCCCAGACGCUACUGACGUCCUAAAAUGGGCAAUUAAUAACAGCUGCAAUACCAUUCGCGUCGGACUUUUGAAUUGGUCAUUUCAAGGUAUUCGCUAUGCUAUAAAGGAAGCUGCUGAGGUAUCUAUGUUUAAAAAUAAAGCUGAUGAAGAAAGACUAUUAAGUAGUCUUCAAAAACUUGGUAAUAGGUGUUCUGAAGACGAAGUAAUCUACCUGGAGAAUUUUUACGGAGGAUCUCGAUCAUUAAAAUAUGUUCCUAAAAUUGUUCAGAAUAGUUUAAAUAAACGUAUUAAUUUGUUAAAGAAAAACUAUAAAGUAAACAAAAUUUUUGUCGAAACCCUAACCUCAUUUGGUGCAAAUAUCAUUUCUCGCUGCAACCAAUAUUUAUCUAAAUAUAAAAGUUUUGCUAACAUCCUUGACGAAGAGCAAGAACGGGAGCUUGAAGCUGAGCUGGAAGAAGAACGCCAGGUUGAACGUCCACCUCGUCAAAAUCCACAUAAACCAAGAUUGUCAAAAGAAAUUAGAGACCUAGUUGAAACUGGUGUUAUAAAUUAUGGAAAUCUUGUUGAUAUUUUGCCUAUUAAUAAAAUAUUUCAAAAUACAUAUCGAAUUUCUAAGUUGAUGCCAAUAAGUGGUUGGAGUAGUGACUUGCUGGUAACAAAUGAGUUCACUAUGGUUAUUGAAGAUUCCAAUAGUGGUGACGAUUUUCUCUUUGAUAUAUCUUGGGUGAUAGUUGUUGCUCCUAAGUACUAUUUUGACCCUGUCAUCUGCGUUGUGAUAAGUUCUUUUGAAGCAAAUGAGUUAAUUCCAAUCUUUCGUUCAAUAAAAAGAAAUCACCGUGUCAGAUUACACAUGUUUGCACCACGUCUACGCCGUGAUCAAAGCAUAUUUAUUAAUCAAAGUUCACUUGUUAUUCCUAAUUUGGAAUACAAUUUGUCAGAAGAUUGCAUCAUUGCUCAACUUUUUAUUUUAUCUGGUGGACUGUUUUUUUCAACUAAAGAAGAAGAAAAGGCGUACUAUGAUUUUUUAAAAACCUUUCAAAAUUCUUCUGAUAAAGAAGAAGUUUUAAAUAGUUUAUUUAAUGAAAAUGUGAAGAACUUUGUUGACAAUGAGUUUAUUAGAUGUGACAAUAUAAGUUUAAUGAACGAGAACUCAAAAAACAACUUUGUGAAUGCUGCAGUUGAAAUUUUGCGUGCACGUGGGCGUUGCAUGCUUUCAACAUUGUCAGAUGUUUGCCAGUUGCUUUUACAUGAAACCAGAUCUUCAUCUUUUUCAUAACUUUAAUGAUCUAAUAAUUAUAACAUCUUCAAUUUAUUAUACACUAGUGGCCAUAGGAAUGGACACCCCUUCAAAAUAUAUGAAAACUUCACUUUGGUGUGUUUUUUAAAAGAAAACAACCAUAUUUAUGCGGUUCUUUAUAUUGAUUAUGAUUUUUUGAUGUUUUUAGAUUAAAAAAAACAAAAAUUUUAAUUAAAAUUCACAAUUUUAAUAUAAAAAUAUAACAAUUUAAUGACAAAGUGGCAAAUUAUGGUAAAUUUACGUUUUACAGCUUACAAAACAUGUUACUAAAAAAAUGGUUUAUAAAAAAAAAAACUUAAUAUUUUGUUAGAUAUUCAUUAUUUUUUAUUACUGCAGCAAUCCUACGAAGCAUUGAAUUCACUAAAUUACCGAAAUCUUCAGUGCUGAUCAUGUAAAACUAGGACUUGAUUAUGGCCUCUAUCAAUUGUCGCUUGUUCCCAGGUUUUUCUUUCCUUACAAGUUUUUUCAGUCGAGACCACAGGUUUUCUAUUGGAUUCAGGUCCGGACUUUUUCCAGGCCACUUUAAAACGUUUAUCUUUUUGGCUUUAAACCAAUCUUGACAGUUUAUGGGGUUGUGACAUGUAACACUGUCCUACUGCAACACACAGGUUUCUGUUUUGCCCUCAAACAAAUCAUCAAUCGAUGGAAGUAAUUUAGCUUCAAAUAUGUUUUCUUGAUAUUUUUUGGUGUUUAAAAUACCAACCACAAUGUAGAUACAACCCACUGCAUCUUUGGUUAUUUAUCCCGACACCAUUACACUUAUGGAAUGCUUCAUUAUAACCAAUUUGCACUUAGGUAAAGGAUCUUCACCGGGCCUUCUUCUCACAUAAUUGAUUCCAUCACUUCCAAAAAUGGAAAUCUUGCUUUUAUCACUCCAAUUAACUCUUGCCCAGUCUUCCUUUGUCCACUACUUGUGUUCUUUUGCCUAAAUCAAACAAUUCUUUCGUUGUUUUUUGUUUAAAUAUGGUCUUUUUUUCUUACUUUUAAAUUAUUUUUGUUUAAAUAUGGUCUUCUUGCACUGACGACUUUUCACCAGCAAUUGUUGAAACUUAACUAAAUGACUACAAAACAAUUAUCUUGUAUUUAUAGCUAAAAAAGAUUUAUGGAUAAAAAUAAUAGUUAAUAACGUAAUUAAUUAUUAGUCUUCCCAAUAAAUAGACUAAUUUUCACAAAAGCACAAAAAUAAUGAGAUAUU